AUGGGGUUCUUUAAAGUUUUUGGUUUUAUCGUGAUCUAUUUGACCUGCACGUUAUCUUUCAAUAAUGCUGAACCGUGUGAGAUGCGAGCACCGUGUGUGUGUGUUUUUUCAAAUGGCACCGGAAUCGACCUUACUCCUGCGAUUUCAACUGAAUUUUACACAGCGAGUACGUAUGAGGUCAAGAUGAAUGGGUCGCAAUAUGAAAUGAGUACCUAUUACUAUCAUCCGUGCUACGACGUUAAUUUGAACGUGAGCCAGUCACUUCCCAAAAACACUUGUACUUUACCUUUGUCGAUUUGUCGUCAUGUAAGCACCAUGAAUCUGGCAAAUGGAACGAGUAACACGUUUACAUUUGAUCAAGGCUCCUAUGAUUUCAUGGGUAGAACAAGUAUAUCAAACUUCUCUGACCAGGGCAACUCUAUCAAAUAUCCCAACGGGCCAUCCGAAACAACAGUGCUCUUGGAGUGUGCUGAGACAGAGAACAAACUUCAAGUGUAUUCAUUAUCAGAACCUGAUAAAAUUGUGUUAGCGUUUUAUUCCAAAGAUGCAUGCUUGAAACAAAUAGAGGUGAACGGAAGAUCCUUCGGCUCCACCCUGCUGAUUAUAUUCUUCUCUUUUGUGGUAUUCUACCUCGUACUCGGGAUCUGCACGAAGAAAUUCUUGAUGGGAGCGACUGGUGUCGAAGUUAUACCUAACCUUGCAUUCUGGUCGGAUCUGCCCAACCUUGUGAAAGAUGGCUGGAGGUUUAUGUGCAAUGGUUUCAAGUUGCCCCCUCGAGGCGCCGGUCCCGCAGUGUCCCCCGACCCCAACAGCUAUGACAGCAUAUAA